AUGGCGUGCCCCGUUGCGCGGCCCGUAGCGCGCCUCGUGAGCACUUCCUUGCCGCAGCCCGUCGCCCACACGCUACCCGCUGCUUCUGCCCGUCGCCGACGCGCUACCCGCAACUGCAUCCCGCCGCCCGCGCGAUAUCCGCUGCUGCAGCCCGUCGUCCGUCCCGUCGCACUGCCGCCCGUCGCCAGAUCCCUGCCACCCGUACGCUCUCCGCUGCCCGUCGCCAGAUCCCCGCCCGCCCUCCUGUCGACUUCGCAACUGCUCGGGAAGGGGAGGAGGUGUGGCCCGAAGGGGUCGGCUGGGGGAGGGGGAGAGGCGGGGUUGGCGGCUCAUCCCGUGUCCUGCCUCGCUCUGCCCGUGUUGCCCCGUUCUGCCCGUGUUGCCCCGUUCAGCCCGUGUCCUGCCCCGUUCAGCCCGUGUCCUGCCCCGCUCUGCCCGUGUUGCCCCGCUCAGCCCAUGUCCUGCCCCGUUCAGCCCGUGUCCUGCCCUACUCUGCCCGUGUUGCCCCGUUCAGCCCGUGUCAAGCCCCGUUCUGCCCGUGCUACCCUGUUCUGCCCGUUUGUGCCCUACCCGUGCUGUCCGUACCCGUUCGUGCCCCACCCGUGCUGUCUGUUCUUGCUCGUGCCCCACCCGGUCUGUGCUGCCCGGUCUCGUGCUGCCCGUCACCCCCGUGCGGCCCAUCCCGUACAGCACCUAGUUGCUACCCGAACCCGCUACCCGUACCCGUGCUCCUCGCACACCGUGCACCUGCUGCGGGGCGUUCAACUACAGCCGGGCACCUGUUCCACCGCGGUGGUUCAGAUGCUGCUUGGUGGUUGCUGA